CCCGGCUGCAGUGCCGACGCGGUGUGCUUUUAAGUCACACUGGGACUGCAGGAGCGUCGGUUGUGCUUUGCUGCCCAGAAGGAGACACAUCUUCAGCAACUAGAUAACGGUCUGCUUGAGAUCUUUAUUUCACAUCCUCCCUAAUCCACUUGGGCCCGGAUUAGGAAUGGUUUCUGUCCUCUUCCAGUGCACCGCGUAAAUCAGUCCAGGAAAAAAGAAGAAAUCUAAAGAAGUAAAGUGUAAAUAAAAGAACCACUAUAUGUGUUUUCAAACAUGGGUGAUGUUAGCAAGAAACUAGCAAAAGUGGCAGCAGUGGUCGUUGUGGUCAUCAUUAUUGUUUUGUGUAUUGUCUUCGGUAAGUGGAGUUCCAGUAAAGAUACAUCGCAACCGAGAACCUUGGCAUGGGAUAACUUCCGGCUUCCGGACUCUCUGCUACCCAAGAGCUACAAUGUAACCCUGUGGCCUCGACUCCAGAAGAACAAGCAGGGCACGUAUAUCUUCACGGGAGCGUCUAGCGUGAUCUUCACGUGUGCCAAAGAGACUAACCUGAUUCUGAUCCAUUGCCAUAAGCUGAACCUGACUAUGACCAAUGGUUUUCAUGCAACCCUAACCAGUCUGGGUGGUGAGUCAACACCCAGUAUAAUCACCACACGGCUGCAAGAGCAAACUCAGUACCUUGUGAUUCAGCUAAAUGGAAACCUAGCAGUUGGGAAAUUUUACAGUCUUAAAACAAAGUUCAAAGGGGAACUUGCUGAUGAUAUGGAAGGAUUCUACAGAAGUGAAUAUGAAGAGGAUGGAGUUAAGAAAAUUGUUGCUACCACCCAGAUGCAGGCCACAUAUGCCAGAAAGGCUUUUCCUUGUUUCGACGAGCCCACUAUGAAAGCCAGCUUCUACAUCACCAUCAUCCAUGAGCGUGGGACUGUGGCCCUAUCAAAUGGCAUGGACAUUGAAUCCGUGAACAUGACAAUUAACAAUGAGACUGUAACCAGGACCACAUUUGAGCCCACACCACAAAUGUCUACCUACCUGUUAGCUUUUAUUGUCAGUGACUACACCUAUAUCUCAUCUGCCAAAAAAGACAAUGCCUUGAUUCGAAUUUGGGCUCGUAGAAAAGCCAUCUCCAGAAGGCAGGGACAGUAUGCUCUCAACGUGACAGGACAGAUUUUGCAGUUCUUUGUGAAUUAUUAUAAAUCACCCUACCCCCUCUCCAAAUCAGAUCAGGUCGCUUUGCCUGACUUCCAGGCUGGAGCCAUGGAAAAUUGGGGGCUUAUCACUUAUAGAGAAUCGUCUCUGCUCUAUGACUCUGCCAUAUCCUCCAAUGGAAACAAAGAGAGAGUAGCAACAGUGAUUGCCCAUGAAUUAGCACACAUGUGGUUCGGAAACCUGGUGACACUGAAAUGGUGGAAUGACCUAUGGCUUAAUGAAGGAUUUGCCACCUAUGUUUCAUAUCUCGGCGUUGAUUAUGCUGCCCCUGCCUGGAACAUUAAUGAUCUGAUCGUUCUCUACGACGUGCACAAGGCAUUAGCUUUUGAUUCCUUGGCAUCUUCCCACCCACUGUCAUCCAAAGCUGAGAGCAUCAACAAACCUGAAGAAAUCAGCCAGAUGUUUAAUACCAUUUCCUACAGCAAGGGUGCUGCAGUGUUGAGAAUGCUCUCGGCAUUCCUGACCGAGUCAGUCUUUGUCAAAGGUCUCCGUACUUACCUGAGUGAAUUUGCAUUUAAAAAUACUAUAGCUUCGGAUCUCUGGAAUCAUCUUCAAAGAGCAGUAGAUCAGAGCCCUAAUAUCACCAUACCUCGUAAAGUGACUGAGAUCAUGGACCGAUGGGUUCUCCAGAUGGGCUAUCCUGUGGUCACCAUCAACACUCACACCGGAGCUGUGUCCCAGCAGCAUUUUCUCCUGGACCCUGAUUCUAAGGUUGACCGACCAUCAGAGUUCAAGUAUAAGUGGUUUGUUCCUGUACAGUGGAUGGACAGCUCAAGGGUGGUGAAGACAUUCUGGCUUCUAAAGGCAACUGAUACCCACAAAGCAAUGAAAAUUAACACCGGCUGGGUCCUGGCCAAUGUUCAUAUGUCUGGAUACUUCCGGGUCAACUAUGACACUGACAACUGGGAACAACUUCUCACCCAGCUUAUUAACAACCAUAAGGUCAUUCCACCCAUAAACAGGGCCCAGAUUCUGGAUGAUGCUUUCAAUCUUGCACGGGCAAAAAUUCUGAGUACGACACUGGCUAUGAGGCUAACCAAGUACCUUUCAAAAGAAAGAGAGUACAUCCCAUGGGCAUCUGCCAUUAAUAAUCUGGAUUAUUUCAUCCUCAUGUUUGAUGGCAGUAAGGAAUACGCACCAUUAAAGGAAUACCUGAAGAAACUGGUGACUCCUCUUUUUGCCUACCUGAAGAACAUUACGAAAAAUUGGACACAAGUUCCUGCUGGUCACACUGAUCAGUACCUUCAGGUCACUGCCAUCAGACGAGCAUGUCGAUUAGGACUUCAGGACUGCCAGAGGUUGACUAAAGACUGGUUUAAUAAAUGGAUGCAGAAUCAAGCAAUAAACAGAAUUCAUCCAAACUUAAGGGGGGCGGUAUACUGUAGUGCGAUUGAGGCAGGAGGGAGGCAGGAGUGGGAUUUUGGGUGGAAGAUGUUUCAAAAUGCCUCCGUCGCCGCUGAAGCUGACAAGCUGAGAUUCUCACUUUCCUGUACCAAGGAUCAGUCACUGUUAAAAAGAUACUUGGACUACGCCCUGGAUGCAAAUAAAAUCCGGAAGCAAGAUGCGAUCUCUACGAUUGUGUACAUAGCCAGCAAUGUUGAAGGCUCUAAAUUAGCCUGGGACUUCGUGAAGAGAAAUUGGGACCGUAUCUUUGCAGAGUUUGGUGGGGUGUCUUCAUUUUCAUAUCUUAUAAACGGAGUAACACAAAGGUUUUCAACUGACUAUGACCUCAAGCAGUUUCAGAAGUUCAAGGAGGAGAAGUCCAAGACCGGCUUUGGUUCAGGUACCCUGGCUUUGGAGCAAGUCAUGGAGAAGAUAAAGGCCAACAUCAAAUGGCUAGCCAAGAAUAAGGCUGAAGUCAUGCAGUUUCUAAAGAAGGAGAAUUCACAGAAGGGUUAGAAAAGGAAAUGUGCCUAAUGGGUGUUUACAGUACAAAAAAUGUUUGGCGAAAUGUUAAUUUGAUUACAGUAUAUAUUGGUACAAUGUGUUAUUAUUAAUAUGGAUGAUUUCGUUCCAACAGUUUUUAAACUGUACUCUACAAUCUCCUGGAAUUGAUUAAGGUGUUUGUGUUGAUUCUUAUUAUAUUCAUGCGUUGCUUCCGUGCAUUUCCCUAAAUCUUGAAUGCCCUGUUUUUUUACUGUUUGUAUUCACAUGCCCUUAUUGUAAAUAUGACAAUGCAACAUUUGCUUUUAUGAUAUUUUUAUAAAGACUGAAGUUGGUUUGCUAUGUUUUGUAAUGAAAAACUAUUCAAAACACCA